UUCACGCUUCUUUCAUUGACGCUAGGCUACCGUUAGCUUGCUAGCAAAAGCAUUCGAUUCCAGGUUCCAUGUCAACCUAAAACAUCAACCCGGGAGACUCUCAAGCGCUACGCAGCCGGACAUUUUCCGACCUUGAGCUGCAGAAGAAUAACCGAAACAAUGCCGCACAACUUCCACCCGGGAGACCUUGUCUUCGCCAAAAUGAAGGGGUACCCUCACUGGCCAGCUCGGAUUGAAGAUGUUGCUGAUGGAGCGGUGAAACCGCCUCCCAAUAAAAUACCAAUAUUCUUCUUUGGCACGCAUGAAACUGCAUUCCUCGCUGCAAAGGACCUUUUUGCCUACGAUAAAUAUAAAGAUCGCUAUGGAAAACCCAACAAGAGAAAGGGAUUCAACGAAGGUCUUUGGGAGAUACAAAACAAUCCGCACGCCUCAUACAGCGCCCCACCGGUGCCCGCGAGCUCAUCUGACAGUGAGGGCAACAAUGUUGGUGAAGGAAGUGAUGAGGAGGAUCAGCCGCAGCGUGGGGAAGACGACUCAGACGAGGACGCCCCUGUUCCGAGAAAAGCUGAGUCUGGUAGUGAGGUGAACUCAGAUUCUGGGAGUGAAGAUCAAGAACCAGAGCCCAAGAAACGAAAGCCACCAGCUGCAAAGAGGCCGCCACCUUCUAAAAAGGUCAGACGAUCAUCCAGCGACAACAAUGAGGAGAGCGGCUCUCCUUCUGGAUCAGAUGCCACUCCUUCUGGGUCUGAAUCUGAGAAAAACAGUGACCAGGAUUUCACUCCAGAGAAGAAAACGGUCGGGCGAGGGAGGAAAGCAGGAGGAAGAGGAAAGAAGCAGAUACAGAAAGGCUCAUCAGAUUCAGACUCGGAUUCAGGGUCAGGGUCUGAAAAGAAGGUGGUGGACAGCGACUCUGAGGAUCUGAAGCCACGGCCAGCUCUCUCCGGCUCAGAGUCACAGUCAGCCUCAAAGUCGGAUUCAGACUCUGAUACACCUCCCCGAAAGGCUCCACCAGCACGCAAGAAAGCCUCAGAGAAGACUGCGCCAAAGCCCAGAGCACGCAAACCCAAACCUGCCCCAGCAAAGAGAGCCCGUUCAUCUUCUUCCUCCGACAGUGACAGUGACAGUGAGCCAGACCGCAUCAGUGAAUGGAAGAAACGAGACGAGGAAAGGAAAAGAGAAAUAGAGGAGCGUAGGAAAAAGGAGGAGGCUGAGGAGCUCCGGCGGAUACGUGAGAGAGAAAAGGAGGAGGAGGAAAAGAAGAAAAAGGAAAAAGAAAGCAAGAAGGACAGUGAUAGUGACAGCAGCAGCUCUGAUGAAGGGGUUGAUGACCACCCACUAAAAAAGUCCAAGAAGCCCCCUCCACCUCCGAUCCCGGCACCCUCUGACUCAGAUUCUCCACCACCAGUCGAGGCAAAGAAACCCAAAAAGAAGCCAGACAAUCAGAAGAAAGCUCGGGUAAAAAAAGAGGAGAAAAAGGAAAGAAAGGAGAAAGCACUGAAGGAGAAGAAAAUCCAGCGGUCAGAAGAGAGGUCCAGAGCGAGGUCAAAGCCUGAAAAGCCCAAACGGAAACCGGAGAGACCUCCCCCAAAGAAAGUUGAAAAGAAAAAAGAACCAUCACCAGAGGAGAAGCUACAGAAGCUACACACAGAUAUUAAGUUUGCACUGAAGGUGGACAGCCCUGACAUCGAGCGGUGUCUUCAAGCUCUGGACGAGCUUGCAGCUGUUCCCGUUACCAGCCAGAUCCUUCAUAAAAAUGCAGAGGUUAUCGCAACACUUAAAAAGAUCCGUCGGUAUAAAGCAAGCAGUGCAGUAAUGGAAAAAGCAAGCGAGGUCUACAACAAGUUAAAGGUUCGAUUUGUUGUUAAAACUGAAGUGGCAGCUAAACCCAAAUCUGAGGACAAGGAAGCAGAAGAUGCAAAGGUGGAAGAACAAAUCACAGAUUCUGCUCCAGUCAAUGGAGAUUCAGAAGAGAAGAAAGAGGAGGAAGAGGAAAAUGACAAACCUAAAUCGCCAGCUAUCGAAGAGAGUAACAACCGUGUCUCGUCCAGUCCAGUCAGGCGCAGUCCUGAGAGCCCUCAACAGACAAAUGAAUAUGAAGACACAGAGAAGUCCAUUUCUGCAGAUAUGGAAACAUCACCUGUCGAAAGUUAAAAAAAAAAACGAAGAACAACUGCAGUGGACCAAGAGCUAAAGAUGGUGGCCUCACUUAUAAUCCCUGUACCAACCCUGCAACAUCGUUAUUACAACAGUGUAUCACAUUUAAUGUGUUCUAUGAGUUAAAAUAUUAAUGCUAACUUAACAAAAUGAAUUCAUCACCCAUCUGUUUUCAUUAUAAGAACAGAGAGAUUACGUCAUGAUAGUUGCGUAACGCCUUGGAUCUAUGGUAAUAUACAAGUAUUGGUUACAUUUUUAGCACUUUGACGUGGUGAGAGUUGAAUUUCGAGUCUCUUGGUAAAUUCUGACAGACUGGAGACCUUUUUUUAACUCAUGACAAUUCGCCUUUUUUUUUUUUUUUUUUUAAAUGAACUGAAAACCUGGCAAAGCCUGUCUACCGGUUUAUAUGUAAGCACAUACGAGGGAAAGUGCUGUUUGUUAUUCUUUGAUACCUUUUUUUUAAUACAACAGAAAAGCCAUGCGUUGAGCAACAUGGACAAGUGAGGUUCGACUAUUUUAGUGUUCACAUUCUUUAUAUUCUUUUGAAAAUUCUGCUUCCACCCUCAUGUUGUCUGCUUGAGUAUGUGUGAUAGGUAGCUUGACUGUCCAGGUCAAGGGCUGUCCUGGAGAUGUGAUCACAUGUAGCCGUCUUUCUGAUGUUCUGAAGUUGUAUGUGCGUUCAGCUGGUGUGUUUUUAGUUCUUUGUAAAUUGGAAAAGCAUUUCUAUCACUUUGUUGAGACAUGAAUUAAAAAAAA